AUGGAGCAAAUCGAGCAGCGUUCCGUCAUUAAGUACCUCCAUAAGAAGGGGCUAUCAUCAAAAGCCAUCCAUGAUGACAUGGUCAGUACAUUAGGCGAUUGUGCUCUGUCAUAUUCAUCCGUCAAAAAAUGGAUAGCAGAAUUUAAGCGUGGUAGAGAGAGUGUGAAAGAUGAACCCCGCUCUGGAAGGCCUUCGACGUCAACUACUGACGAAAAUAUUAAAAAAGUACUUGAUUUAAUAAUGGGAGACCGCAGAUUAAAAAUUAGAGAGAUAGCCGAGAUUAUAGGCAUCUCUUAUGAACGAACUCAAAACAUCAUUGUCAACGAGUUGGGUUUCCACAAGGUGUCUGCGAGGUGGGUUUCGCGACUGCUUUCAGUUGAACAAAAAAGGACGCGAUUGACUAUUUCAUGCGACUGUUUGGAGUUAUUUGAAGCCGAUGCAGAUGAUUUUUUGAAUAGUUUUGUUACUAUGGACGAAACAUGGGUUCAUUACUGUACACCGGAAACAAAACAACAAUCAAAACAGUGGAGAAGACCUGGUUCACCACCCCCUAAAAAGGCUAAGUCGAUUUUGUCGGCAAAUAAGGUGAUGGCUUCAGUAUUCUGGGACUCGAAAGGUGUGAUUAUGAUUGAUUAUCUUGAAAGGGGUCAGAAUAUAAACUCUGAUUACUACUGCACCUUACUACGUCGUUUACGAGAGGAAAUAAAAGAAAAACGUCGAGGAAUGCUCAGAAGAAAAGUCCUGUUUCAUCAAGAUAACGCCCGUGUUCACACGUCAGUACAGUCAAUGGCUGAAAUUCACAACUGUGGCUUUGAACUCUUACCGCAUCCGCCGUAUUCACCUGAUCUGGCACCAUCAGACUUCUUUCUGUUCCCUAACCUAAAAAAGCACUUGGGAGGUCAAAGAUUUUCGACAAACGACGAGGUCAAAGCAGCUGUAGACGCAUAUUUUGACUCUAAGGAAGAAUCAUUUUUUUUCAACGGUCUAAAUGCUUGGAAGGGGAGGUGGCAAAAGUGUAUUGAACUUGAUGGUGAUUAUGUAGAAAAAUAA